UAACGUGCACACAUUGGGUUAAUAUAAUUUGUUUCUGUUGUUUUGUUUAUUUCUUUAUUAAGAAAAAAAACGAAAUUCCAACUUGAAAAAAAAAUAAUUUUCAUUUAAUUGACAAAUUGAUUUUUUGUUGUUGUUGUUGUUUUUGGCUGUAUUUUGAACAAAAUGGAUGAUUUCGACACGUUAAUGAAAUAUCGAAAAGCAUAUAAAGAUUUAUUGUUGGGUAUAAAAAGAAUGAGUCUUGAUGAUAAUGAUGAAUUAUUGAAAGAUAUGAAUGGUGAUGAUCUUUUACAACGUUGGAUUUGGAUAAAACGUGCACGAAAAUUGUAUAAUCAAAUUUUAUCCAAAUUAUGUGAUGAUCAAAUUGAUGAUAAAAUUCUUGAACAUUAUAUUCAAACAAGAUUAACAUUGGAAAAAAUGGCCAUUCGUACUUAUUGUUUUCUUGAACAACAACCAAUAAUCAUAUCGGAUCAUUGUUUCGAAAUGUUCAAUGAUAGUAUUGAAUGUGAUGAAAAUAUUUUCGAUGAUUAUGAAAAUAAUUCAAAUAAUACACGCAAAAAUAAUUAUCAACAUAAUAAUUAUUCAUCGAAUUCAAAUCAUCGAAAUUCUAUUGAUGAUAACAAUGAAGAUGAUGAUGAGGAUGAUGAUGGUAAUCGUCGACGUGAUCGUGGUCGUAGUCAUGAUGAUGGUAGUCGUAGUCGUAGUCGUCCUCUUAGCCAUUCGAAAUCAUUAAAUGUUUAUGAUGAAAUUACUAUUGAUCGUAGAUCAGAAUCAAAUAUCAAUUCCGAAACAUCAAUGAAUGGUGAUUCCGGUCAUUAUUAUCAUCCAAAUAAUAAUAAUAAUAUUCAUCUUCAUCAACCUCAUCAACCUCUUCAACAACGACAACAACUGCAACAACAACAACAACAACAACAACCGAUGGUUACAAAUACAAAUAAUCAUCCAAUUUAUCCACCAUUCAUUUUGCAACCACAAAUAUCGAUGCAAAUUACCAAUCAAAAUGUCAAUUCAUAUUUUCAAUCACCAAUUAUUCGGACAAAAUAUCAACAACAACAACAACAACAACAACAGAUGCAACGGCCACCAUAUAAUUUUGAUAUGUCAAGACAUUUGAUGGCUAUCGAAUGUAUAAUGAUUGAAGUGAAAAAUAUGGCAAAUAUUCAUAAUAAAUCAAUUGAAUUUCGUGCUUUAGGUAUUGAUUUUUAUUAUUUUGAAAAAAUUAUCGAAAAAAUGUUUAAAAUAAUUGGCCGUGAUUAUUGGCCCGAUGAAAGUAUUCAAAAUUUGGCUAAAUUUUUAGAAAGUUUAGAUGAAUUACCUGUUAAUCCACAAUACUGUUCACAGAAUAUUCGUAUAAUAUUCUCCAGAUUUAGAUUGAUCAAAUUUGGAAGUAUUGUAACAUAUUUUUUUGUAAAAGAUUUGGAAAAUUUAAUGUUUGAUCAUCAAACAUCAUCUAAUCAACAGACAAAUUUUAUUAUGGAUGAUAAUCAAUGGAAAAUUUAUACAAUUACAUUGAUUAAAUUAAUUGCUCAUCUUUAUCGAAUGAAUAUGAUCGACAAUCAAGUAAUUAUUUAUUUGAUGAACAAAAUGACAUUCAUAUUGAAUAAUAAUGAUAAUUAUGAUAAUAUUGUUUUGCCAUCUGAAUUUAAAAUGGAUUGUUUUUAUUUAAUGAUGGAUACAAUGGGUUUGAAUUCAAUCAAACGUUUAUUCGAUGAACAUAAUCGUAAUUUCAAUAAUAAUGAUACAAAUUUAAUGACAUUAAAUUUAAAUGAAAUUUUUAAACGUUUAUAUGAUAUUUGUAUGACUGCUGAUGAAUCUAAAUGUUAUUCAAAACAUGCAAUUAUACGAUUACGUACUAUUAUUGAUUAUCAUCAACGUGAUUGGCAAUAAAAA